AUGGCUGACGAGGCCGACGCCGUGGAUUCACCUGGCGGAGUUCCAGUAACAGACUCAAUAGUUACAUCCGCUCCACCACCAGCUUCGGACAACGACCCUCACCCCGAAACAACAGAAAUCAUCCGUCAAGUUGAAUACUACUUUUCCGACGAAAACUUACCCAGCGAUGCAUACCUUCUCGCCAAAGCAGGAGGAGAUGGCAAUGGACCAGUCCCAAUCAAGACGAUCCUCGGCUUCCCGAAGAUGCGUGGCUACAAGCCCAAAUCUCAAGUCAUUGCCUCACUUAAAUUGAGCACCAAGAUCCAAGUCAUUGGCAACAAACAUAUCCAACGCCGAGAACCUCUGAAGAUUCCGCUGCGCGCGACACCUAGCCUCGGCCUCGAUCGAAUCCUCGAGGAUCGGGCGAAGACUCUCCGAGAGAAACCCUGGCUCACCAAAGGAAUGCUGAAGCCAACAGGGUUCGAGGAGUAUGCUACAGAAGGUCCCAUUAGACCCGAGGAGCAUGCUGUGGAGAGAAAGUUGUAUGACGCCGAAGAAGCAUUCUACAUACGCAUUGAAAAUGCGGUCGCCCGCUACCUCGCGAAACGCAAAAUGCAUUCGAUGAACGCCAAUAUUUUGACGCAAUUCUUGAUCUUUGGCGGCUUUGAUGCGAGCCAACGACAUUUCUCCGGCGGUCUGAACAAGCAAGAGAUGGAGAAGAUGACGGCUGACGAGAUCGCCCUUGCGAAA